AUGGCGGUAAAUAAUUGUCCAAAAGUCUUAAGUUUUCUAUUGGCGCAUUCUUCCUACAUUCAAAACAUCAGUAAGGUGCAAGGUCCUCCGGGCGAUAAAGGAGAACCUGGAGUCAAAGGUGUUAGAGGUGAUAGAGAAUUUUACUCGACCAAACAACAUUUGAAGGCUUGUUUCAUAUCAAUCACGAUUUUUUAAAAACAUUGUUUUUCUAGGUAUCAAUUAGAAUUGCUGAACCUGGGCCAGCUGGCGAGAGAGGACAAAACGGUUUCAGAGGUCCAACCGGGGAUAAGGGACCACCCGGGCCAAAGGGCCCCAUGGGGAUACAAGGCAUUACUGGAGCACAAGGGGACAAAGGAAUUAAAGGAGAUCAAGGCUUUCCAGGCAAAAACGGCAGCAAGGGAGCGACCGGGGAUAAGGGAAUCAAGGGACCUCAGGGCGACACGGGUCCUCAAGGAAUGCAAGGAGAAACCGGUGAUCCAGGACCAAGAGGGAUCGGUAACUUCAGCUGGUGCCAGCCUACAAUAAUUGAGCAAACACCAGCUGUUAGCAUUGCUGAUACUCAGGUAAUAUGUUACGAGCGUGUAAUAUCUGUAUUCUUAAGCAAGACUUGCUCGUUAAAUUUUAGUUUCAAUUUUUCUAAUCGAUGUUGGUCAGUCCAAGCUCCUACUACAUAGGCUGCUUGCAAGCUCUCUGGUGGUUCCGGGGAGAAAGAGGGGACUCCAGACCCCAGACCCCAGACCCUGAUACCAAAAGCAGAGAUGCUAUAUGUGCAUGCCUUACAGCUGAAUUAUCUUUAACAGUAUAUUUUUCAUUUUUUUAAUUUUCACAGAAUACAAAGGUCAUUGGAGCAUAUUGCACAACAACUACUGCUGAUGCAGAAUCUAACUUGCAAGUACUAAUACAAUCGCCGCCAAAUCACAACACAUAUUCAUGCGUUUGUAGGAUCUCUGGAGGGAGCCCACACUGUGCACUGCAUUACUGGGCGUGUCCCAUUUAUGCUCCAUAGCCAUAAUUAUUUACCUUAACGGUGGCACGUUUCAAGUCUUAACUUAAAUCAACCUCUUCUGAAAAAUACCUAGAAACACACAACAAAAAACUGCGGCCCGAUACCUCCCGUCAAAGGUCAUUGGAUCAUAUUGAACAACAACUGCUGCUGGUGCAGAAUCUAACUUUGUAAGUACGAAUACAAUCGCCGCCAAAUCACAAUGUAUAUUCAUGCAGGUGUAAGAAAACUCAAGUCUUAAUCCACCCUGUGCACUGCAUUACUGGGAAUGCCUGAUUCAUGCUUCAUAGGCAUAAUCUUUACCUGAACUGGCAUGUUUCGUUUCUCUUUGAAUUAGUCUUAAUUACAGUCAACAUCUAUUAAAAAAUACCUUCACUAAACAAGCUUUUAUAGAAUUUUUACCUAGUGUACAGUCGCUGUCAGUAGCUGUUUUGAGGUCAAUGAAUUUAAACUUCGCAUUUUUUACAUUUCCUUAUUUUUUAAUAUAAGAAAAUAAUUAACUUGAUUAAAAUUAAUUAAAAUAAUCUUGUAUUAGGUACUAAGACCGUAUCUACAGCUAGGUCUGCAAGUUGAUUGGAAGUUAAUUGGAAUAAAAUGGCAGUCAAAUUAAUACAAUAAUGAUCAAAGGUAAAAGCGUCUAGACUGAUAGUAUUCCUCAUUUAUCUGUUUUUGACAAUCGUUGAGAGGGAAUGUCGAGUUCUAAAGGCUGCUGUUUUGACUUCUGGCCGAUCCGGAGGAGGAUGCAAAUGGCCCCGCCAUGGGUAGGAAGCCCCGGAAGGGAAGGGGCUUCCCACCCACUUCCCACCCCUUGUCCUCGCGAACAUUUUUUCCCUUAAGGGCACCUGCCUCUCGAAAUCUGCGUUCGAGUUCCAGUAUCGCACAGAAAAUGGAGACGUGUGAAAUGUUCUGACUUUUUCUAGCAAAUUCUCGUCACUUAUACGGAGAUGUUGAUAUUAGGGCUUCAGGGGUUUAUGCAACACAACACAUUUUUUAAUAGUAAUGGACCAUACGUUACAAAAUUAAAUAAUUUCAAGGUAUACGCUAAACAUUUUGCUAUGUAUAGUGUUAUUAGCGGAGCUCUCGAGCUCGAAGCACGCCAGCGGAGCACCAUAGGUAAGAAAAUUUGGUAAACUAUCCAUCCGAGAAGAUCUGUUUAUGACAUAGCGUACGAACGCCGACCGUCCGUACACUCACUACAUGUAAGCCGAUAUUAAGUGUCACACUUGUUCAGGAGCGAGAAAUAAAUAACAACGGAGACUAAUUUCGUUGGAAGAAAAACAUGAAAAUUAUAUAGCGGCGGUUAAAAAAUGAAAAAUGCUAGCGGCUGCUAAUGUGAAAAAGGAGCGGCAGUGAAAAAACAGAGUGAACAGGAACCCAAACAUUUCCUCCAUAAAACGCGUAAAUAGGAAGCUAAAAGAAGUUUCACGUUUUAGUCGUGUAAACAACGGUAAGGAAAUGAACAAAACGAAAAACUGCUGCACGUGCAGAGUUGUGUUUUUGUGGCUAAUUAGAAAAAAAAGUGUGCUGGACGUGCAAAUUUAUUUUUUUGCUAACUGGAUCUAUUGUUGUUGUUUUUACCGUUCACGUUGCUUUCAACUUGUCUUUAGUAUUACUCGAUUUUAGGGCGGUUUUCACUUGACUGUCGUAAAACCAAAACCAAAGUAAAUACACUAGCCAACCAAAGGGCGUAGUAAAACCAAAACCAAACCAAUUCCUCAAGUACUUUCGACAGUCAAGUGAAAACCGCUCUAUAUUUUCUUUGAGGAAUCUGUAAAUAUUAAAGAGGGCUUCGCUUUUAGCCCUGGCUAAAUCUAUAUAUAAUUAUUACAAGGAGCGAGCUCCUUAGUAAAACAUCAUGCAAUUCUUUCAGUCAGAAGUGGUUUUUACCUUGGGUGGUGGUGUUGUGUAGAUCGGAAAAAGGGGGGGACUUUCAUCCAUCCCUGUAGUCACACAAGGGAAUCAUUCUAUCUCGCUUAAAACAAUAUCAGUGGUAGUAACAAUGUUUUACAACUUUGUACUCCUAAUUUAAAAUUCAGUAGCAAUAUUGUCCAGUUGAAUACUCGGAUUUGAUCACUGAAGUGCAAGGACCUUUAUACCAUAUGAUUCAUCUAACCAAAAGAUAAGAGGAAGGGAUUUUAUUUCAACCUGAGUAGAAACAUGGAACUGGAUGACUAAUGUAAUAUUAUGCUAAUGAGAAUUAGGUAAAUAAGGCGCCAACAGUCUGGAGUGAGAGUGAAAACGAAGAGUGAGACUGGGGAGAGACACGAAAAAUACGUCGCGAAACUUGUCAGUUAGCUGGUUAGCCUGUGUACAGGCACCCCCUCCCCUCAAAUAUAAAUCUCUGCCCAAUUUUGCUUGAUUAGAGGGAACGGCUGUACACAGGCUACUUCCGAGGAUAUUCCCCAAAUGGACAACUUACUUGCAAGAUUGCUCGCAGGCAAUGUCUGCCUGACGUAGUGAAGAUCAGAAUGAUUUUGUACUCAAAAUCAGUUAGUUAGCUUUGCAAAAGUGGAAUUUUAAUUUUAAUAGAAAGUUUGUAUGCCAGCAAGUACGCGGAAAGAUUUUGCCUAGCCAUGAUUUUACAUAAUAGACAAUCGAACGACCCGGUUUUCGCUCAAUGGUUCAUUACGUCUUAGAUCUGAUUAGACCAAUAAGGCCAUUUCGUGACAAAUGACUGAGUCAAAAUGAAUAAUCAGGCUAAAGAUCUUUCAUUUCCUCCAUUCGGUAAGGUGUAUAAUACAAAUUAUCAUUCGAAGCAAAUUUUUCUUUCUUUCCAUUGGCCGGAAGCCCACCACGUCCACAAAGAGAGCCGUCCAACUGUGUUUGGCUGCAAAUAAUAUUCUGCACAUGCGUGAAGGAAACCGUGCUUUUCUCCUUCUUGCGAUCGCUCUUGCGUGAAAAUGGCAGAUCGCUUCGCUUCCCGAGGAUAUUCAUUAAAAAAACAAACUCGGUGAUCGAAUGAUAAAACAAUUAUUGAACUCGGUUUGCAAAUAAUAUUCUGCACAUGCGUAAAGGAAACCGUGCUUUUCUCCUUCUUGCGAUCGCUCUUGCGUGAAAAUGGCAGAUCGCUUCGCUUCCCGAGGAUAUUCAUUAAAAAAACAAACUCGGUGAUCGAAUGAUAAAACAAUUAUUGAACUCGGUUAUCGCAAAAUAUCGUGAUUUGUUAGUGUCUCGCAGAUCAAUUAUUUGCCUCAGCAAAUAGUUGAUCUGCUCGCCACAGACAAAUUGCUCAAAAAAUUGCUCAACCUCGUCCAAUAAUUGUUCAUUAUUUGCAUCGCACAGCUGGAAUGUCUAGAUGCAUUUCAAGGUUGAAGGGUCUUAGCCUUAAUACGUCUCAGCUAGACCAAAAUGGCGACUAGAAAGGUAUAUCCAACAAGCUACGUGCUUGAGAACGCGUAUGACAAGAAGACGAAGAACUUCAAACUGAAGCAAAUGAAAGAUCCUCUUCUAGAGUUGGUAAAAGUUUGGCCUAAGAUGAAUCCGACGAAGAAGCAGCAGGUAUCGCGACACACAGAAAGAGAGUUGAAGCUGGGCUUCAAACUGCCAAUGCAAAAGAAUUCUUUCUUAAACGGCUUGUAAUCGCCUUAAUAAUACUGGUACCCUCGGUGAUAGCUCUCGUAAAAUCCAAAUGUAAAGAAUCGGAAGCAGAAACAGGGACUGAUAAUCAACAAGGUAAAUGUCAAGUAGAUAUUGGACUCCAUGCAAAGGUCUUCAUACUCCAGCUAUUUUUUAACAAGUUGUCGGCAUGAACUCGCAUACUAGCCAUCACAGAAGUUAUGCAUCGAGGAAUGAUCUUACAUUUCGCACCAUCCUUUACCGAACCAUAAGUGCUAGAGUUUACGAUAUUCCUUUUUCGUAAAAUCCAGCGAGUGGUCUAUUAUCAAUGCUACGUUCUGAUUUUUUUGAGCUACUACUAGGCUAUAUAUAUAUUAUAGCCCACUAGGAGCAAAAAGCGCCGGCUUUGAAAACCAAAACAAUGGCGGCUGAAUCGCGUUUUGCUAGCUAAAGUUGUUCUGUCUCGAUAUUUUUGACCAACUACGUAGCUGGAUUUUACUUAAACAAUUAUUCCUCUCGCCCUCAUGGCCUCUGAGUCAAUAGCUCAUGAGGCCUUCGAGUUCCAGGAAUAACUGUUAAAAGCCGCUGCCUCAGGUAGGCACCUGAUGCUCAUUGGGACUCUUAGACCCCGCGGGUUCAGAUAGAAUCAAUUCAGCCGGCCUAAGUCAUUAAAUUUGAGUCGUUGAUUCGCCCCUGCGAUCCUGCCAAGUGCGGCGUCUGAACCCAGUCUUACAGGGGUUAUGUUCGAGGUUUUGGCCUAAGCACGCCUUAGUUUAGGCGUUGAUUUAACCUACCAUGGGUGCUAUAGGUUUUUUCUUGCCUUAUCCGUCUCAAACUUUUGAGCAGGGUUUAUAUCAUUCUAGGGAACGGACCUCUGAAGACAGGGUAGCACUAAGCACCAACAUAUCACGAAAAUUGCAUUUAACAGUGAUUUAGCUCUUCUGCAAUUUUAAAUUAAUUCUCCUGGCAGGAAACCUGUACAUACUUAUAAACUAUACAAUAAAAUUACGUGGUACACAAUGAUUUGAUUUGUUCGUUCUAUUUUAUUUGUUACAGUUCACCCAGCUAAGACAUAAUUUACUGCUAAAAGAAAGGAUGGAUCUAUGGCAAUCUAAAAAGUUUAACUUUAUUUGCGUCACGCCACAUUCAAUCAACAAUUCUUUAAAACGUUAAGGGUAAACGCUAAAUUUGAAUCUCAACGGAUCCUAGUUACCGGACGUCACUCAUCAUUAUCGUAAAAAGAGUUCGUUCGACCUUAUGCACAGUUUUAUAUACACCUGCUAAAUAAUGUAUACGAGAGAGAACGAGUGACACACUCCAGUACCAACUCACGGCCUGGCCAAACAACUUACGCAUGCGCAAAGCCAUAUUCUCCAUGUACUGGCAGUCAGGGUCUACACAGCUGUUUUUUCCUUAUUAGGACGCAUUUGGACCCGAAAGUCGGGCGUGUCUGCCCAUUACUGCCGGACGAGGGAAAUUCAAAGUCGGGUGUCACGUGACCUUUAGUCAGUAUGUCUGCUAUUUCAAGUAACCCUAUGCUUUUGUUAACAAGAACACUGGCUACUAUUCUGUCAUUGGGUGUGUUACGCCAUCCAUAUUUAAAAAGCUGUCGAGAUAGGAGACUCGCAGAAAGUCACGCACACUACUUGUAUUUAAUAAUUAUUCAACGAGUGCGCGUUGGAUAUGAAUUAGCUGUAAUCAUCUCAUAUCCAACAAGUGCGAGUGGAAUAAUUGUUUUAUUAAAAACGCCCACAAAAUAUCGAGAAAUCCUUCCAACUUUAUUUGUAAAAACAACCGAUUUUCAGCUUGUUUUUAAUUUUGAGCUGACGCCUACAGUUACCAAAUCUUUAAUUAGAAAGCAUGCUAUAAUGGCUCAUAUACCAUGAUGGCUAAGCAAGUCUGAGGUCUAGAACUGCAUUAUCCAAUGAUUCAGUUUUUAAUAAUUUUGGUUUUCCAAGUCAUUGCCGGUAUCUCGCCUUUUGAAUAAAGAAAACCUGGUUAUCCAUGCACGCGACAGACCAAACCAGUGAAAAAACGGCCGAGCUGCAGAAUGACGUAUGAAUUUCGCUUUUUUCAAUGACAAUAACAUUGCGCAAUCUGUAUCACUACCGCAUAAGCUGUAGUCGCAGCCUUUACGUGAUUUAAGUUUCAACACAGAAAACUUUAUUUCUAGACUUUCUAUAAUCAAUAGGAACAAGGCGAACCGAAGCGAAGUAAAGCAAAACAAAGCGAACCGAUAUGUAGCGCUACUGAUAAACAACAAUUAAACAAACACAAGGUCAAGAUAAAAUAACCUGCAAACUGAACGGAAGCAAUGAAGCAAAAUGACAAUGCGAAUGAAACACGCAAGAUACUUACAAGACGAUAGCGAAAUCAGGACGAAGAGCUAGGACGAACAAACGCUAAAAGACUAAACUGUAAACUGCAAACUGGACCAAGCACACCGAAGAACAGACGCGAAAAUAACAAUCGAAGCUAAAUAUACUAUAUGCAAAAAAAGAACAAAGCUACGCGAUCGAUGAACGACCAAUGAACCAAAAACACUACACUAAUAGGACAAUUGCACGAUGACGUCAUUUUACUACAACUACCAGAAUCCUUGAGUUUGUUGUUUUCUUGUGCAAAUUAAGGCUAUUGUUCUUUAAUACUCAGCGGGAUUGACAAAUUUAAAUAACAAAGCCAAAUCGAAAUGAAUUCUGGUAGUUGUAGUCAAAUAUCGUCAUCGUGCAAUUGUUCUAUUACGCCGCGAACACCAAAAGAACACUAUAGACAAAAGCAAGAGAUUCCUUGUGCUUACAUCAGUGGAACAACAAAUCUAGAUGAAUUCUCAUUAAACUUUUUUCUGCAUACGACAAAACAAACAGUUCUUUUUAAAUUCAGGCUCACUUUCGAUCAUGGCGACAACACCGUUCAAAAUAAAGGAGUAAAUUCACAUAGACCGUAACCUUCUUCACCCCCCAAAUUUUUGCAUAGCUAUUUUCUUUGUAUUCUCUUGGGACGACUGUAAUACCCAGGAGAAAUUGAAAACAAUGGUUAUGCAAAACUUUGGGAGGUAAACAAGACGCAUGAUCAUGAUGAUGGUCUAUGUGAAAAUGGUGAAUCAGUAUGGAUAUUUGGCACAGGUCGACCAAUGAAUACCAAUCACAUGAAGAUACUGACGAACUCUUUGGUACAUCAUCUAAUCUGUAACUCGCGCUGCGCAGAUCAAUUAUCAAAAUUCUCAGCAGAGUUGGUGUCCGAAAUUCGAUUUCACCAUGGAUAAUAUGGCCAUGGAGGAAACAACGAUGGGAGAAGAAAACCCUUACAUCGAAAUCAUAGAAUCCAAACAAACGUCGGAUGACGCGGAAACAUAUGACGACGUGGUUCCUGACAAAGGAGGGACGCCAUCGACAGAACCUGCUAAGUUCUGCCAAGAGAAUUUUCUUAAACUCCAGCGAAUGUUGUACAUUGUUACUGCCGUGACGAUCAUUUCGCUCCUGACUGCUGCCGCAUCUUUAGCUUUAGUAUUAAGUGUGAUGAAUUCCCAAAAUACUACGGACUCCUUGAGAUGCUCUGCAGAUUGUGUUAGUAAUGCUGCCGUCCAAGGUACACAAGGGGGGUUGGUAUUUUGUAGUGAUAAGUCACACAAUAGGAGAUUGGUGUGGUAGGAAUUAAGUAAAAACACACAACUACGAUCCUGCAUUUUCCCACGUUAUUACAUAAAUGGUAAUUAGCACAAAUUUAGGUUAUUUAGGCUUUUAAAUAGGUUCUUAUUAUGUGAAGAAAAAACACACUGUAGCUAAGAGUACUUAGUGGUAUUCAGCUUCUAAUCAUCCCUCAGGUAAAACCUGUACACUGCAUACUAUUACAAUUGCAGCUGAAGUAAUAAGGAACCUAUGUCUCCAAUGAAGAUCCUGAAUGUUUACUUUCCUUAUUUGCCUAACUGUAUAGAAUUUCCUCUAGUUUUUUUUAAAAAACCUGUUUCAAAUUUAAGGCUAAACAGGUGUGGUUCUUCUAUAGAGGGGGCCUAACUGAAAAGUUUAGCAGAACGAGUUCUUAAAAACUAGGUUCUUAGUUGCUGGUUUUUAUUGUAUAAAUGAUUAUAUUUCUUCGUCAACCAAGCACGUCUUUGAUUUAUCUAUUUGCAUACACACCACUUCAGGUACAUAAACCUGCUGGCACCAUUUUCUUUCUUUUUUCUUCCAUUUUUCCUUUAAAGGUUUAAAGAUGCUAUUUUCUUAACACAUAGAGUACGUUUUGAAGUUGGUUUAAGUCCUAUUUAAAUAGUCAAACAAAAGCUCGUUACGAAUAAUUGCCUCUGGCGACAGAAUUCUUUGAAUUAAACUUGCUUUCGAAAGUAGAGAGAUUUGUCUACAUAACAUAUAUUUUUAGGUUCAAGAAUCAAUUAUAGCGCUUCUUGAAUUGCACGACUGGUUGCAUUUGUUAUAUUAUAUUCUAAAGAAGAAACGUCGAGUUGAGGUUCCCUAUGUCUUUUUAUAUAGUGUGUACCAGCGCAGUCUCCAUCCACGAUGUACGAAUCAGUACGCCGUGACAGUUGCUCGCUCCGGGUUAUGGGCUCCUGAAUGAAUUUAUGAACAUAAAUUCAGUCGCAGUUGCUUCAUUUAACCGAAGCAGAUUACUGUCAUUGAGCUUGCGCAAAGUAAAACUGCGGCACACUUUUAGCAUAGCAUAGGAUGUUCAGUGUUGGAAAUAGAAUGUGCAAAGAUAUGACGGUGUAAAAACACAGUAGUCACUCACCUCUAAAAGAGACAAUAUCAUAUAACUCGUGUGUUUACAGUGGUAUUAGAGAAAAAAAAAAGUAGCCUGCGAUAUUGUCAGUCUUAACGAGGUGCGUUUUGUAAAGAUACGCAAAAGUACAUGUUCACAGGCUCUGAGCUUGUGUUGCGACAACUUUACAUGGAAAAAAACCUAUACUCUAGAUGUACGUCCAAACGCAAUGGCGGUAAAUAAUUGUCCAAAAGGCUUAAGUUUUCUAUUGGCGCAUUCUUCCUAGAUCCAAAACAUCAGUAAGGUUCAAGGUCCUCCGGGCCUUCCAGGCCCUCUAGGUUUAAAUGGAUCUAAAGAUGACACAGGUCAACAAGGAGCCCAAGGACCAAUAAGAAAGCAGGGUCUUCAGGGCGAUAAAGGAGAACCUGGAGUCAAAGGUGAUAGAGGAGCAAAUGGCACUUUUGGUAGACUAAAAAAUUCACACUCAUGUUAUGUUAAAGGUUACCAGAAUAUUUUGCUUUACUGGUUGUAUCUGAUUAAAAUAGAAAAAUGCAUAAUGCAUUUAUCAUGAAUUAAUUUUAUAGGUCCAAAGUAUAAGCAAGUUGCAGGGCCCCACAGGGCCACCAGGGUUUAAUGGAUCAAAAGGUGACACAGGUCCUCCAGGAUCCUUAGGACCACAGGGCAACCAAGGUAUUCAAGGGGGCAAAGGAGAUCCUGGGAUCAAAGGCGAUCGGGGAUUUAAUGGUACCGACGGUGCUGCCGGGCUAAAAGGUGAUACAGGCCCUCAGGGUGACAAAGGAGAUUCUGGGCCUCAAGGACCCCAAGGAAGUAAAGGAGAAAGAGGACCACAGGGAGCACAAGGAGCAGGAAACUUCAGCCAGUGUAGUUAUAAAGAGAAACAAGGAACUACGGUUUCAGCUGGUAGUGCAGCAAGAGCUGACGCUGAAGUUUCUGAGACAGCGGUUAGUCAUUUCAUUUCUUUUGCCAUUUCAAGUACAUUUAACAUUUGCAAAUCUUGUGGCGUUGUAAACUAUGAGUAGUUCCUUUUUUCAUGGGGAAUAAUAGAGCGGUUAAGGAUACGCAUGCAUGCAUCAAAUGAGACAGGUAAGUUAACAGGCGAGGGGAAGUGUGUCUCUCCUCUCUCGCGCGACGCCUUUUCUUGUGGGUGGGGAUUUUCACGGGUGGUCGCGUAUUUCGCUCUCUUUGCUAUGCCAGAGGAAACAAGAACGCUCUUAAUAGCAUUGAGUCUGGCUUGUUUGGAGAUAAGAUAGAAAUGAGGAGGCGAUUAGAACGCGAGCGGUCGUCCUUGUUUCCUCAGAUCGAGCCACGUGCGGCAAGCGAACAAGUAAAAUUAUGUUCUCGACCUAAUGUGACGUAAAACGUAAAUAAGAGACUGCUCACAGUCUGGAGGGCGAUUAAUUCUACAAGAAAGGGGAUUUCCUCGCCAAACGUUUUUCACUUCCUCCUUUAUCGACGGUCGAGUAUUUUUCAGGAUAUUUACUUUUUAUAUCUGAUUCGACGAUUUGUUUCUGAAUUGAUUAGAACGCGUGUGUCAAUACAGUAGAAUCUCGAUUACUGGAACUCGGAUAACACAAAUACCCCGCUAACUCGAACUAAAUUUCCUUUUCCUUGAUCAAAAUUUCACUGAAAUUUACCCCGAUAACUCGAAUUCCCCGCUAACUCAGACUGGAUUUCGUUUCCAUUCAGAGGUCAAGUUACCAGGGUUCUACUAUACACGAAAAUCAAGGAAACGUGGUGAACACUUUGCGUCAUUCCAAUCAUCGCCGAAAAUAAGCCGCAUGCUCAUCAGAAGACUCACUUGCAUACAACAAAAGCUUAUAACAACCGACCAGUUAUCCUCACCAUCGAAGUUUUGCUCAUUAUGAUUGUUCUUUUUUUCGACCAUUGAAGUAAUCACUUGUUCCAAAGUAAUCAACGCUUUCAAGCGAUAGAAUUUGUGGACCGACCCGUUCCGGAAAAUCUCGACACCUUCACAGCUUUCUAUUCUAUGCAUGGCUUUCGUCAAGCCCCGAUUCUUACCCCAGUUUCUUUUUUGUCACGGAAGAAAAGAAACGCCUGCACUGUAAAGGCAAGCGAGACCGUAAGGGUCUUCCCUCCCCUAUUCUAGUGGUAUGGUGAUUCGCAAUGCUUCCUUGUUUUUCUUAGAAAGUCUACAAACUUUCGUAAGUAUAGUUAUUACAUAUAUUUCAUCCCAAUAUUGAAUGCCAACAAACAAAACUUAAUGACGUCAUCUGGCUACCAAACAAUACAAGAAAGUAAUUUUGUCUUUUCGGCGUAUGUGUAACGACAACAGUAAGGUUAUAUAUUACAGCUAUUUACUCAAUUAUAAACCCAUUAAAAUAUUUAGGUUUGAGCUCACAGCUUAAGAUUUAGUUGUCGCAGCAUUCUAAUAUGUAUAUAUGAAAGAAAAAGUGCAGACUCACAGGCGGACUCACUCAUGUAUAUUUGCAAUGUUGUACUUUAACAUGUUUAAGUAAUGUUUGUAUGACGCACAUUUUACACUGUAAUCAACUCUCGUAAAUUUUGUUAUUAUGAUUAUAGUUAUUAUUAUUGUUGUUGUUGUUGUUGGUAUUAUUGUUGUCUGUUGUUUGAAUACUCACAUUUUCUCCUGUAAUAUUUUUCUUGAUGUAAGGGCAAGAAAAUUCUGGGCGUUUCCUGCUCUACAAACAACGCUAAAGAGUACAAUCUACAAAGAGUACCAGUUGGACAACAAUACAAGUAUCUUUGCACUUGCAGGGGUCAAUCAUCCUUAUUUGUAGACAGUCAAAUAUGGUGCAAAGUUCACUACUGGGAAUGCCCUCUAACUACAUAGGUACGCAUGUCACAUGCAGCUGUAUCUUUGAUGAAACAUUUUAGUUAGCAUUCCAGACGUCUUCAGGCUGCAAGUCGGUCCAAAUAGAGACGCACUGGGAAAAGAGGGCAAAGUAAACUACCAUUUUUAGUGGUGUAAGCUCUUUGUUUGUCCCAAUACGUCCCUUGCUAUCCAGCAAUAAGACGGUUCUGUACCAUGUUAAUAGGCCUACUACAGCCUCUAUUAUCGUUUUUGAGAAAGGAUUAAUGGACACAGGGAGAGACGUAUGAGAUUUUGAGAGACAAAAGGGUGAGUGUAUCACUCAAUGAGCCUCUUCCUGAAAGUGGUCCGGAAUUUGAAAUGUCACAGUUUUGCCGCAGUUUACAGAUUUUUAGGACGCACACCAUUAGUCAGAAUAGCCCACAUCCGAUAUAUUUUAAAAAUUCGAACAUGACUCCGAGGCUUUAGGGUCAAAAGAGGGUCUCAGUGGGGUGGUGGCUUUUACGGUUAUCGGCUAAACUUUUAGCUCUUUUACGGCUAUCGGUUAAUUUUUUUCAGUUACGAUUAACAAAAAAGUCAAAGAUUAAUUUCUUCUGUUUCAAAGAAUUAAAUAUUAAUCCUGUAUUUUUUGUAUCUUUAAAGCAAAAUAAAGGUCUUAGGAUCAUCUCGUUAUGAAAUGCUAUUCUUUUGAAAAAUCUCAACGUUUGAUAGAGCAUACUUUGUAUAAAGUAUUCCACUUCUAAUAUUAUUUUACGCAAAGAAAUGCCAAUAGUCAAUUUAAAACUGGCGCGAACGCCAAACUCAAGACCGGGGAUGUGACAUUCAUUUAUAACAGAAAUGGCCUUUUUCACACUAGAGACGGAUGAUUUGCGUGAGACGGGUUAUCCGUUUGGUAAUUCGCGUUUUGAAUGAACAAUCCUCCUGACUUUAUCCGUCAAUUUUGGCGGACAGUUUGGAUAUGGAUUAUCCAUUUCAGAUAGUCUGUGUAUAGUCGCCCCCUCCCCUAAGAAAAAAUCAGAGAAGGGGUGUCUGUGGGGGAGGGGGCGUCUGUUCACCGGCUAUUCUCAGACGCGCGGAUGAUCCAUUUCUAGCUCUAGUGUGAAAACAGCCAUUAACAAAAUUCCCGUGUCCAGUGUUUUUAAUAAAAGCGAAAGACUGUACAGAACGACUGUCUCCUGUUACCUUGUCCGUAGGCCUCAUUAUUCCGCGCGGUUAAUGCGUUUCGGGUCAGGUGGUCCGAGCGAGAUUUUUUCUCACAUAUGCCACCGAAACUAUCUUGAACAAGAUUGCGUGGGAAGAAGCCUUACAGGGACUAGGCAUGGCAAUGUCUACUGCAGCGUCAGGGAAAAACAGGGAAUUGUUGUUUAUCGGUAACGUGUUUUACAAACAGUGACAUAUCUUUGCGUGUUGUUUCACUGGUAUUUCGAGGGCACGACCUCCUGAAAAUCGCAAAUAUUAAUUCCCAGCAAGUAGAAAGAUUUUCGCUAUGGAAAACAUUAGUUCUCCGAGAUAGCAGCGAAAAUGGAGUUUAGGUCUAGGUCAACACAUAAAAGCUAGGCGCUUGGCCUAACGUGCGUACGCAGUCAAAGUAGCCGGGAAAUAGAAAACGUAACCAUAAGUGAGUUUAGCACCUUCCUUAAAUUAACAAACCUAGUUAGGGAACAAUUUCUUUUACAGUUAACCUCUUUUUACCCUAUUUACGGUUAACGGUUAAAAUUUUUAAUUUUUACGGCUGUCGACUAAAUUUUAGGCCGUUUUACGCCUAUCGGUUAACCCCAUUGAGACCCGCUUAUAAGCUCAUGGUUAACAAAAAACAGUAGAAUUAUCCAUUAAGCACUGAUGGUAAGACCCUACAAGUCCUUGUGCAAAUUCUCCAUACUGAUCUCCAUACAUCUCCUUGAAGAAUUUUAUUAAAAGAUCGUAACAUUUUUCUCUUUAGUGAUCAUUGAUUAAUUCUCAAAACCUUUUCUCUUUAUGAUGUCUUGAUAUUAUAUGGAGAAAACUGACGUUGGUCACUGAUCUAAUGUGUCCUUAACCCUUCAUAAUCUCUACGUAUGCGAACCUCUAAGGCUGCAUGAGUCAUGAAAAAGGUGAUUCAACGGAAUUGAACGGUAAAUUUAUUUUAGAACCCAAGGCUAUAAAAUAACGAAAUUGUAAAUAAUGCUUAAACCUUUAUUUCUUAUUGUCCAAGACGUUUCUCUUACUUUUGCAGUUGAAAAUUUAAAAGGCGUUGCAUUUUUUUAAAAAACUCUCUUGACUGUAUCUACAGCUGUCGUCAAGGAAUUGGAAGUACAUUUUCAUUUUGAAAUAAAAUGGAUCGACGUAAAAUGAAAGACAACAACCAAAGAUAAAAAUCAAUAAACUGUUAGUAUGCCUUUUUUCUGUAUGAUCAUUGAAAGCAAAUGCCGAGUUCUAAAGGCUGCUGUUUUGAUUUCUUGUCAAUCCGCCUAACCUGGAGAAAGGUACUAAUAGUUCGUGCAUGGGAAGGGGCAGAACACAUCACCUCACGACCCCAUCCCUAGUGUGUCCUUUUUUCUCUUUUCUUUUUUUUUUAAAGACAGCAGCCUCUAGAAAUUGGCGUUUGACCUCUAGAAAUACGGAAAAACAAGGAUGUGUGAAAUGUCCUGAUUUUAACAUGUUUAAAGUAAAUUCUCCUCACCAAGACGGGCAAAACAUUUGGAAGCUACGUUGGAUUCAAUUGCACUCCAAAGUAUCAAAUUGAAGUUAAGGAUCCGUAAAAUGGAGUAGACGAUAAAUUUUACAUUUAGGUAUGCAAAAUUUUAUAUUGUAGGUAUGCAAAAUGGGAUAAGCUUUUAAGUUUUUUUAACCCUAUCAUUUUUGGCGAGACCUUGUGCUAAAAUCUCAUUGAAGGGUUUUUUUAGCAUGAGGACGCUUUCAAACUGCCGGCAAAAUUAUUUAACAAUUUCGUGAUUGAAAAUUCAAUAAAAGUGCAAGACCAAGACAUCUUAUUGCCAUUAGCUUUACGUGGUCACCGCCUUAACGAGUACAACAGAAUGUUGGAGAAGUCGAGGGGGUUAAAACGAACGAAUUGGUAAGCUGAAUUUUUUCUCUUUUUUUCAUAUUUGUCUAAAGCAUGAUGCUCUAAUGACGUAGACUCAAGGUGAUAAUAUCAUGAUGACAGAUCAUAAUGUUAGGCUACAGUGUUAAUCACUCUUCUUUUAAGGAGCGAUAAUGACUUGUUUCAGCAACAGCUAGGUAGAUUUCACACGUUACAAGAUCGAAACACUCUUUUCUACUCCUUUUCGUGCCACCUACCCGGCCUUCUCCCCAAAGAAUUAGGGUGGCUGCGAGCGAGUGCUUGCUCCAAUUUUUCUCCCAUAAAAACGCAAAAAUUUCGGAUUUAAUUUGCUGGAAUUUGGGAUCAGAUUGUGAAAGCUUUAUGGAACAAAAGAUCAAAAUUUACUUCCAUUAACAAUUAGUCAUCAGUGUUUUUGUUUCAAUACAAAAGAAGAAAGUGGCAAAAGCAGUUUAUGUUUGCAUGAAUCCGGUAUAUUUGCCAUUAUAUCCAAGGAAAUGUUUCAUUGCUUGGUUUUCUUGUCACACAAUAAACAAUCAAUCGACUUGACGUUAUGGUCUGGGUGCUAAUUUUGAUGAAGUCAGCAAUGUUCAUCGUCAUCCUUGAAAAUGAGUCAUUUGCUUUAAACUGUGUGGAACAUGCAUCACAUGGAUAUAUACUAUACAAAGAGGAGACUAUCUGCUCUUCCCCAAGCGGCUAAACCGCGAGUUGACUUUGUCGAGGGGACAAUGGACACUAAAAAGGUCCAUCCGAGAAAGUACAUCCUUGACAAGAUUGAACUCAAGGAUAACGAAGAACUGGAAAAAGAAAGAAAUGAAAUAAGGUCCGCUUUUGGUGUUGGUAGCAUAGUCGAAAAAAAAUCCGACGAAAAAUCAACUAGUGUCUUAACACACAGGAAGAGUUGGAUCGCCGUUGGCCACAAAACUACCGCAAAUACAAAAGAGGUCUUUCUCAGACGACUGGUGUUCGCCUUAAUAACACUGGUGUUCUUGCUAGUAGUUACAAAUGUUGCCUUGGUGGUAAUUUUUGUGAAAACCAAAUGUAAGGAAUCGGAGGAAACAGGAACCAUUAGCCAUCAAGGUAAAUAACUUCAAAUUUCUUGAAAGUCAUUGGCCUGGUCAAGUAGUUCUUUUUGCGCAUUAAGCAGUUUCCCAGGAUUAAGGCUAUGGUGAUUUGUAUAUUGCUUAAUAAUUAAAGUGGUUGUUGUGUUUUGGAUAUUCAUUUUUACGUGAGGCUAGUGUCCGUCAAUACUAGCCCUUUCAAGUUGUAGGUGCAACCUCGUCCCACUAAAAACGGUUCUAACCGUUGUUCUACUUGUGAACAAUCCAGUACAGAGUCAAUAAGUUUCAUCAACUCAAAAAUAACGUUGUUUUUCUUGUCGGACAAGACGGUUAAAAAGGCAUAAACUUGUGCGCAUUGUACAACUGUAAGUGAACUAGCGUAGAGAGUCUCAAAAGUUACACAAUCAAAAAGAGUUUUCAAAUGUUUAUAGAAUGUGUUACAAUGUAUUCGUGAAAACUAAGCAAUGAGAGUACUUAAGAGGCAUAUUGAUUCUCUACUGAUUUUUAUUUAAAAAAAAAACACUUUUCUUCGAUCACCGAAUUUUCAUGGGCAGUGCAUGCUUGCGAUCGUUCUUGGGUUUUGAUCAGUCGUUUACGGUAGUGACUGAUAAUUGGUCUCAGUGGUCACUCGGUUCAAUAUGAAAGCCCCAUAGCUUUCAUAGUGCUUUGAUAGCUUAUUGCUCACCUGGUGCUUAUCUGUCCUCAGCUUCGCUCGAAAAGCUUCAAGAAAGUGUCACAAAUGAGGCAUUGGCCAGGCUAAACGCCCUCGAAGUAAAUAUGACCAGCCUACAGCAGAAAUUUGUGAGUCAAUUUUUGGUGCUCUUUACAUAGGAAAUGUGUCAUCACAUAUAGUACACGAAUUGCCAGUAACAAUUUAUUGUAGUCAGCCUUUCAUUUCAUGGGUAUUAUUUAUUGGGUAGAAUUCGUAUCUUGAGACAGCCUAACAAAUUUUCCAAUGUAUUUAGGAGACCGUCGUUGGAUGACUCUGGUAGCUAGUUGCACAUGCCUUAGCUUACUAAUAAAAAUGCCCUCACAGAAAUAUUACAUCUAAAGGGCUUUCAAGAAGUAACAUAUAAACUAGGGGUACCUUCCGGCAAGUGCCAACGAGGCGAAUUCGUUUAUCCUUUGUGAAAUGUGCCUAUUCAGAUCUUCGCGAUAUUUUUUUCCCAUAAUUUCAGAGGUUUACAAUGGAUUCCGCUAUAGAAAAGGAUGGCACCAAACUUCAAAACAACAACUUUGGCACACUCUAGGCUGUCACUUUUAUUAAACAAUAACAACACAGCUUGAAGCUUUGUUGGUAAUGAGUAAGUUAGCACUUGUGUUUCAUGGAAAAUUCCAUUGUAUCAAAACUAUAAACGUUAGAAAGAAAAAUAUAGUUCAAAUGAGGCCUUUGACUGCUGAAAUUAAAAAUAAUAAUUAAAUUCCGAGCAACAGCGUCAUCAGGGAUAAGAAAAAUAUUUCGCGUGGUAAUAUACAUAAGAAAAAGUUGGUGUAAAAUUAAAUAUGUGAAAAGCGCAAGAAUGGGGCGGAAUGUAUCAGAGGUAUAAAAAUAUAAACUUAAAUAAAAUACAAAGAUCUAAUGAGCGAGUGUCGCAGUUCAAAGGUUCUCUUGAAAGGCAUAAUGAUAGUCUUCAAAACAAAAGGUUCGCAAAUUCGUUGCAUUCCUCAUGGGAGUUUUGGGCUGUCUCAAUGUAAAUAAAAAAAACAUGCUGGUUGACAAAAUCUAAAGACAUGAAUAAAUUCUAAAAAAGGUCCGCAAAUACGUUGAGGACUGGCUCAAUGCAAAUCGAUCUGCGAAGAACACGCUGGUUCUGAUUAAGUUUUGAGAAUAUAACCCUAUACCUUGAUCAACUACGCUUAAAAUUCAAUUCACAAAGCAAAAGACAACACGCAAAACCCUGGUUCUGAGUCGAGAAGCGAACGCGCUACCUCAUUGUAAAUCGAGCUGCAAAGAAUAAGCUGGUUCUGACAAAAAUUUGAGCGUAAAACCCUAUUUCUUGAUCAGCUGCUGCUUUAAACACAAUUUAUAAAGCAAACCAGAGCACUAAUUGCCCUUUCAAACUAGAAAUCGUAUUAGAGCUUGCUCACCUGUUAGGUCCUCUUGAACAGACAACGAACAGCUGCCCACUUAAUCACCCACUUUCGGACCACGAGUUGUAAAUACAAGACCAUGACGUCACUACGCAAAUAUGGGGUUUCACUUACACCCAAAUAUGGUCAAAAAUGCAAAUUUUAGAGGGUUACGCAAAAUUUCGCAGCGAGUUCCCUUCAGUUUCAUUCUUAUGAUCCGUCGAUGUGCAUGUUAAAGUUUAGCACCUAGGCACCAAAGAAUACUUUCUACGUCGGCAGUAGUGUCUAGUUAAGCUCUAUUUCAAGAUUGAGUCGAAUUUCUAGUAUCAACACUGAAAUUAUAAGGAAACUUAGCCAUAUUUAUAGUUUUGUAAAUUACAUUCAUUUUAUGUUCUUUGAACGAUAAAAUGCAAUCAACAUACUGCAAAAGUGUGUUCGUGUCGGUUUCUUUUUUCGAGGGCAUACUUUUACAUGUUGUUUUUUUCCUUAGAUGGAGAAUAUUAGCGAGAGGCUUAAUGUCAUUAAUACAAGUUUCUUUCAAGAUUUGAUGUCAGUGGAAAGAACUUUUGAAUCACAAGUAAGUGCCGACCCUACCAAUGUUUCUCAGUUCACAAUUUCGCUUGUUGUGGAGGCUUUUUAAAUAGUGAUGGACUUGUAGAGUUUUUUUUGCGAGAUUACUGCUGAUUAAAUACUCUUACUUUUAUGGGCAAUUUGGCAUAUAAAAGCUACUUACUAGAAGCAGGAACUGAUAAGUAGCUGGUUGUAACAUUAAUAGUCAGAGCUCUGUUCUUUUCCCUUUUUCCUCACCCAAACCCGAAGGCCUAUUCACAGGCUACAUAAGCAAGAGCAUAUCCAGUCUGGAAUAGACGUUCCGUAUUAUUUGGUCAAGUAAGUAUCGGCUUCGAACUGCCAAUCAUUUGAUUUCGGAAUUCCAACGCACCUUGACAAUACCAGUGGAGGCUUUGUGCCAACUCAGGGAAAACAAAAAGGAAAAUAAAAGGUAUAAAUCAACACUUACUUUUGAAUCAGAAGUUGUUCUCACAUAAGACAGCUCGCCAAAAAAACGUACGGAAGCAUCAAGCCUCUGGCUGAUAUUCUGAAGCUGAAAAAGUAUUAAAAACAACGUUAUACGACGACAUAUUAUGGCAUUAGGGCUUUGAACUACCUUAUUAUAAACCUCAUUUAUCUCAUUCAAGCUAGGUCCAUGAAGAGAAUAACUGGACCGUCGUUAUCAUAUAUUUACUAUUGCAGCUCGACGAUUACCUGUUAUAAAGUGAUUAAAUUCUUUGCCGAUAUGAUUCUUUCCAGAUCCAAAACAUUAGCAAAGCCCCAGGUCCUCCCGGCCUUCCAGGCUCUCCAGGCCCUCCAGGUCUUAAUGGAUCUAAAGGUGACACAGGCCCACAAGGAGCUAAAGGUCCACAGGGAGACCAAGGUAUUCCGGGCAAUAAAGGAGAACCGGGUCUCAAAGGUGAUACUGGGAUAAACGGUACGAAUGGUGUCAACGGAUCUAAAGGUGAUCAGGGUCCUCGAGGGGAGAAGGGAGAUCAUGGAGUGAAAGGUGACGCAGGCGCAAAUGGUACCGAUGGUGUUACAGGACAAAAAGGUGAUGCAGGUGUUCAGGGUGACAAAGGAGAACCAGGGGUUCAAGGACAAAAAGGAGAAAUAGGAGAAAUAGGACCACAAGGACCUCAAGGAGCUGGAAAUUUAAGCCUGUGCACCUAUAAGGAAAUUCAAGGCAAUACGACCACACCUACUGCGUCUGCAAUUGCUGAAGCGGAAGUAAUAGAAGCACUGGUAAGUAGGCUUUUUUUGUGUGUUUCUUCCAUUUCAUUUCUACCCCGACCCGAGUACGCGGUAUGGUAUGUGUCGUGUAGAGUUUGAAAAAGCCCAUAAGCGAUGUUCACCACAAUACCUGUCUCUCAAAUGCAAUUUUGUAACAAAGAUUAAGAAAACAACAACACCAAAAGAUAAAAACGUCCAUCACGACCACAGAUCGUGGGCAUGGGGUAUCAAUUUGCUUUGGUCAUUGCUAGCAGUGCAUAAAUUUUAUAGUUUUGGCUUUCAUACUUGAUCUAUUUUCGGCAACGGUACCUUUAACGAAGUAGUAAGAUGGCGCUCUAUUUCUGCUUUUUACAGAAUUAGGGAGGUUAUAUUUCGCCUCAAUGAUAAACGUGCAGGUUACAGUGUACUAUUAAAGGCUUAGCUUAGCACGUAACUUGUUUUUACUUCGUACGUUUAACAGAGUUCUCUUCGGGUAAUUUUCGAUUGCGUUGACUUCUCUUUAAUUAUCUAAACCUCUAAAACAUUUAAUGACUAAGAGCAAUCCGAUUGGAGAUUAACUGGUUACAAUUCAAGUUUUUAAUAUCUUAUUGUUGUUCCGUGACACAGGACAGAAGAAUUUUGGGCGUUUCCUGCUCUACAAACAACGCUGCAGAGUAUAAUCUCCAAACAAUUCAAAGCGGACUACAGAAUAAAUAUCUUUGCACGUGCAGGGGACAGUCAUCCUUAUUUUUUGCGAUGCCGAUGUGGUGCAAGAUUCAUUACUGGGAAUGUCCAUUAACGACGUAAAUCACAUUUGUCGUCUUCAAGAGGACAGCCAGCAUUUCUGAAAGAAUCUAUUGGAGUACGGCAGCGAAAGUAAAUAAUAUGUAAUCAAUCGCGCCGUGUAAGGGUAUCCGGAUUCCGGAAUCUGGGAAAUUUUGCUUGCGGAACCCGCAACUGCCUGGGCUUUGGAAAAGGAAAUACAGCUCCAGAAAUCCGGAAUCCAGUACCAGAAAUCCAGAAUCCAGUAACUGGAAUCCUGAAUUUACGGCAUGGAAUCAAGAAUCCAAGACUGCCUUGGAUUUCCUUACAUGGGGCGAUCUAGCUUUCAAAUAACGUUUGAAAAUUUUGAUAAAAAAUUAUAAUAGGACGAAAGAUUUUGUGAAAAACACGUUUUAAGCUAGUUUCAAUAAUCCGGAAACCACUACACACGGGCGGGAGUUUGUGUUGUCGAUAGUUUGUAGUUGUGUGAGCGACGAAGGCAAGAGAUGAAUUUUAACUAGUAUAUGAAAUAAAUUAAACUCUGUUAGUGACGCCCACUUUCUCACACUAAGGUUUCACUGUAUUGUACCAUAGUUAUUAGAGGAGAAUGGUUAUGAAAAGUGGCAAACAUCAAUGAUAAAAACAACAUUACUGCAGUUUAUGUUGGAAGCACCCUGAAAGUGCACAAUCCUUAGUUUUCGGUUAGCAAAUUGCUACGGAAUAAAUUAAUGCAACGUUUCUAUUGGUCAAUACAAUCAAAAUGAAAGGAAUGCUUUUGAACGUUGUGCACUUUCAGGUCCACAAAAACAUAUAACAAAGGAGUCGGACGGGUUUCAUAACCAUUCCACUCAACUAACUAUGAUUGUACUGAGUUAUAAAGCAAAUCUGCCAAGCUCUCAUCUCCAGUUCUUCUUUGAAGAAUUAACUACAGAGGUAGAUAAGUGCCGGGCAAAGAAAUCCUUCCUUCAGGCAAAGCUUCAGAGGGAAAAUUUCUUCGCGGGUCAACAAAAACCUCUCACUUAACUUGCAACCAUGAAAACUCAGUCUCAGUCGGUGCGAUUCAAUAAACGAAGACAUUAAGUAAAAUCCUUUCCUUUGACAACGGAAACAGAGGACUGGAUCUAACUGUUUUUUUUUUUCUACUUUGUAUUCCUUUUAUUAUAACAUGUAAAUAUCAAUUAAAAGAAUUAAUUUACACAUUAUGUCACUACCUAAAAGAAAUGUAAAUAAAGUUUUUGUUGUGAUCGUUGCAAUUGUUGACAUUGUUAGAUAUUGGUUGUACGGGAUGGGCAAGAAACUCCUUCCGUUAACCUCUAGACCUUCCGUUAAACGUUUUCAGGACAAACCAAACUGUCGUCUUACUUAAAUCUAAAAAAUCUGCUCAAAGCUUGUAAACAUAUUAUCUGGUACAAAUGUCAGUAAUUUGUUGUACCGAGAUUCAUGGUAACGGUUGCGCUUUGUGCCGGUACACUGUAGUAUUGGUCAUAAACUCACAUUUUUAGGAGACGCUUAAGUCACAAAUAAGGGCAGAAAUAUUAUAAUCGUCAUUAUAAACUGUUCCCUGUCACAGAGAACUCCUUGCUGGUGAGAAUUAUCAACGAUUAUCAACGGUAAGCCGUCUGGAAAUAAACCGCCUACAAGGAAGACGAACGAGAAAUUGUGCAGGCAACGACAAACACAGAGGGAACUUUUCCUUUCAAGUAGUUACAGCCGAACAGGCAGCGACCAACAAAAUCCAACCAAAUAUACACACCGGCUGUUUAAAAUGAGAAUUGGUUGAGGUUUCAAUAGAUCUAAAUGCAGGAGUCUGUGCCCAAUUAAAUAAAACUUUUACGAGAGUAAUUUUUAAUUGUAGCCAUUGUUUGAGAGUCUGAGAACAACACUUGUAAAUUACACUUGUAAAAGCUUUAUUAAUUUGACCCUUGGUUUCAAGGAAAGAAGUAAUAUUGCCUUUCUCGUACAGUGAGACAGUCCCUCGUCAGCGAAACAGGUUCAAACAGGGAAGAGUGAUUGAGGUUUGCGGGGCGAUAGCCGAAGGACAAAAUUUCACACAAUUAGCCCAUACCAUAGAGCUGAGGGAUUGUUGAUAAUGACAACUCGGGUAACGACUAAUUAAUUUUUAAUUCUAUUGCUUCUCAGCUGUGUUUGGUACCUUGAAAGGGAUAAAUGAAUUUUAGGCCACGUCCACGGAGGGAGAUAUGGCAUCGUUUCGGGAUGUUUUUGAAAUUGUAAAUUCAUGGCGAACACUCCCGCCCUUACGUACUAUAGGGAAUUACUCCCCCCCCCCCCCCCCCCCCCCCCCCCCCCCGGGGGGUCUAAACAACCCCCCCUCCCACAGCAGGCGCGUGGUGGGGGGACGGGGGCGAACCCGGGGUAGCAAACCAGAGCACUAAUUGCCCUUUCAAACUAGAAAUCGUAUUAGAGCUUGCUCACCUGUUAGGUCCUCUUGAACAGACAACGAACAGCUGCCCACUGAAUCACCCAAUUUCGGACCACGAGUUAUAAAAACAAGACCAUGACGUCACUACGCAAAUAUGGGGUCUUACUUACACCCAAAUAUGGUCAAAAAUGCAAAUUUUAUGAGGGUCACGCAAAAUUUGAGAGUUUUUGCCUACAUCGUGCGGGACUAUAAAUCUGCCGCCGAGGCAACCUCGCUUCUUAGCUCGGUUGCCUCGUUGGCAAUCAAUUAAGUAUAGCGAGCGUCGUAGCGAGUGCCCUUCAGUUUCAUUCUUAUGAUCCGUCGAUGUGCAUGUUAAAGUUUAGCACCUAGGCACCAAAGAAUACUUUCUACGUCGGCAGUAGUGUUCAGUUAAGCUCUAUUUCAAGGUUGAGUCGAAUUUUCUAGUAUCAACACUGAAACUAUAAGGAAACUUAACCAUACUCAGUAGUUUUGUAAAUUACAUUCAUUUUAUGUUCUUUGAACGAUAAAAUGCAAUCAACAUUCUGCAAAAGUGUGUUCGUGUCGGUUUCUUUUUUCGAGGGCAUACUUUUACAUGUUGUUUUUUUUUCUUAGAUGGAGAAUAUUAGCGAGAGGCUUAAUGUCAUUAAUACAAGUUUCUUUCAAGAUUUGAUGUCAGUGGAAAGAACUUUUGAAUCACAAGUAAGUGCCGACCCUACCAAUGUUUCUCUGUUCACAAUUUCGCUUGUUGUGGAGGCUUUUUAAAUAGUGAUGGACUUGUAGAGUUUUUUUUGCGAGAUUACUGCUGAUUAAAUACUCUUACUUUUAUGGGCAAUUCGGCAUAUAAAAGCUACCUACUAGAAGCAGGAACUGAUAAGUAGCUGGCAGUAACAUAAAUAGUCAGAGCUCCGUUCUUUUCCCUUUUUUCUCACUCAAACCGGAAGGCCUAUUCACAGGCUACAUAAGCAAGAGCAUAUGCAGUCUGGAAUAGACGUUCCUUAUUAUUUGGUCAAGUAAGUAUCGGCUUCGAACUGCCAAUCAUUUGAUUUCGGAAGUCCAACGCACCUUGACAAUACCAGUGGAUCCUUUGUGCCAACUCAGGGAAAACAAAAAGGAAAAUAAAAGGUAUAAAUCAACACUUACUUUUGAAUCAAAAGUUGUUCUCACAUAAGACAGCUCGCCCAAAAAACGUACGGAAGCAUCAAGCCUCUGGCUGGUAUUUUGGAGCUGAAAAAGUAUUAAAAUAACGUUACACGACGUCAUAUUAUGGCAUUAGGGCUUUGACUUACCUAAUUAUAAACCUCAUUUAUCUCAUUCAAGCUAGGUCCAUGAAGAGAAUAACUGGACCGUCGUUAUCAUAUAUUUACUAUUGCAGCUCGACGAUUAUCUGUUAUAAUAAAUUCUUUGCCGAUAUGAUUCUUUCCAGAUCCAAAACAUUAGCAAAGCCUCAGGUCCUCCGGGCCUUCCAGGCUCCCCAGGCCCUCCAGGUCUUAAUGGAUCUAAGGGUGACACAGGCCCACAAGGAGCUAAAGGUGCACAGGGAGACCAAGGUAUUCCUGGCAAUAAAGGAGAACCGGGUCUCAAAGGUGAUGCUGGGAUAAACGGUACGAAUGGUGUCAAUGGAUCUAAAGGUGAUCAGGGUCCUCGAGGCGAGAAGGGAGUCUCUGGAGUGAAAGGUAACGCAGGCGCAAAUGGUACCGAUGGUGCUACUGGACAAAAAGGUGAUACAGGUGUUCAGGGUGUCAAAGGAGAACCAGGGGCUCAAGGACCAAAAGGAGAAAAGGGAGAAAUAGGACCACAAGGACCUCAAGGAGCUGGAAAUUUAAGCCUGUGCACCUAUAAGGAAAUUCAAGGCAAUACGACCACACCUACUGCGUCUGCAAUUGCUGAAGCUGAAAUAAUAGAAGCACUGGUAAGUAGGCUUUUUUUGUGUCUUUCUUCCAUUUCAUUUGUAGCCCCGCCCGAGUAUGUGGCAUGGUGGCCAUGUAUGUGUCGUGUGGAGUUUAAAAAAGCCCAUAAGCAAUAUUUACUACAAUAUCUGUCUCUCAAAUGCAAUUUUGUAACAAAGAUUAAGAAAACAACAACAUCAAAAGAUAAAAACGUCCAUCACGACCACAGAUCGUCGGCAUGGGGUAUCAUUGUUAGCAGUGCAUAAAUUUUAUAGUUUUGGCUUUCAUACUUGAUCUAUUUUCGGCAACGGUACCUUUAACGAAGAUAGUAAGAUGGCGCUUUAUUACAGCUUUUUACAGAAUUAGGGAGGUUAAAUUUCACCUCAAUGAUAAAAGUGCAGGUUACAGUGUACUAUUAAAGGCUUAGCUUAGCACGUAACUUGUUUUACUUCGUACGUUAACAGAGUUCUAUUCGGGCAAUUUUCAAUUGCGUUGACUUCUCUUUAAUUAUCUAAACCUCUAAAACAUUUAAUGGCUAAGAGCAAUCCGACUGGAGAUUAACUGGUUACAAUUCAAGUUUUUAAUAUCUUAUUGUUGCUCCGUCACACAGGACAGAAGAAUUCUGGGCGUUUCCUGUUCUACAAACAAUGCUGCAGAGUAUAAUCUCCAAACAAUUCAAAGCGGACUACAGAAUAAAUAUCUUUGCACGUGCAGGGGACAGUCAUCCUUAUUCUUUGCUAUUCCGAUGUGGUGCAAGAUUCAUUACUGGGAAUGUCCAUUAACAACGUAA